AUGAACCAUGCAGAAAGAGAGUUAUUAACUACCGUAGUCGGUAGAUUUAACGAUGAAGAGGACCCUCCUUCUCACCGCUUGGCUAAAUUAAAAAACAUUCGUCUCGUCUUGACGUUGCGUUUGUCGCGGUCGCUUCUAAUGUCAUCUGUCCUUUCUGUUAGACAUUCAACCAAUCUAUUUUGGAAGGCUGGCAAUUUUCUCGAGCGUAGUUAUUUCCUACUUUUGUGUCGCCGGCUAGCUAGGAUAGGUGGAGGUUGGAGAAAAAGGCUGAGACAAACAACGGCUCAAACAAAGAGCUACUGCGGUAGUGCCACACCCUCCCAUCGACGACGACAGGAAAGACACAUGCAAACUGAGUGGAUCCUUCCUCAUCCACCAAUGGUUCACUUCGUCUGUCCAUCCCAUCUAUCUGGAUUUAGCCAACUAACUAACUAG